GUGUCCCCGCCCAGCCCCUGUCUGCGCCAUCCAGGCAUUGCAGGCCCAGCGAACCCAUGGAGCAGCUGCUGCGCGCUGAGCUGCGCACCGCGACCCUGCGCGCCUUCGGGAUUCCGGGGGCCGGCUGCAUCAGCGAGGGCCGUGCCUACGAAACAGACGCUGGCCGGGUGUUCGUCAAGGUCAACCGCAGGACGCAGGCCCGGCAGAUGUUUGAGGGGGAGAUGGCAAGCCUGGAGGCCCUACGUAGCACAGGCUUGGUACGGGCGCCUCGGCCCUUGAAGGUGAUAGACCUGCCGGCAGGUGGGGCUGUCUUUGUGAUGGAGUACUUGAAGAUGAAGAGCUUGAGUAGUCAGGCUUCCAAGCUUGGAGACCAGAUGGCAGACUUGCACCUGUACAACCAGAAGCUCAGGGAGAAAGUGAAGGCGGAGGAGAACACAGUGGGCCGGAGGGCUGAGGGUGCAGAGCCCCUGUAUGUGACCAAGUUUGGCUUCCACACGGUGACGUGCUGUGGCUUCAUUCCACAGGUGAACGAGUGGCAGGAUGACUGGGCGACCUUUUUCACCCGGCACCGGCUCCAAUCACAGCUGGACCUCAUCGAGAAGGACUAUGCUGACCGGGAGGCACGAGAACUCUGGUCAAGGCUGCAGGUGAAGAUCCCUGAUCUGUUUUGUGGCCUAGAGAUUGUCCCUGCCCUGCUGCAUGGGGAUCUCUGGUCAGGAAAUGUGGCUGAGGAUGAUGAAGGGCCCAUUAUUUAUGACCCAGCUUCCUUCUACGGCCAUUCUGAGUUUGAACUGGCAAUUGCCUUGAUGUUUGGGGGGUUUCCCAGAUCCUUCUUCACAGCCUACCACCGGAAGAUCCCCAAGGCCCCGGGGUUUGACAGAAGGCUGCUGCUGUACCAGCUCUUUAACUACCUAAACCACUGGAAUCACUUUGGGCGGGAGUACAGAAGCCCAUCCCUGGGCACCAUGAGGAAGCUGCUCAAGUAGCAGAAGGCUCCAGCAAAGGGCAGGGAGCACCUGAAUAAAGUCGGAGCAGGCUCUUGGGUCCCAA